AUGGAUGAAGAAAGUAGAUUAUCAUCAUCACAACCGUCGACGUCGUCUUCAGGCGUUCCUUCAGACAGUUCUGUCGUAGAUUCUGAUACGCAGAAGACAUCGAAGGCGAUAAACAAACGUCAGCAGGCACAGCAACAAGAGCGACCGUCUACUUCCAAGGCUUGCAAGAGUGAGAAUUGUGAGUUUGGAUACACAGACGCUCUUCCCUUUGCCCCAUGGCGGAGGAAACGAUACGGAUUGACAGUUCAAGGUCUGCAUGAAGAAAUCGUCGACAUGUAUCACUGGAUAAAGCCGAACGAAAUCGAAUCGAGACUCAGAACGAAAGUUUAUGAGAAAGUCCGUGACUCAGUGUUACAACGAUGGAAGCAUAAAGCGAUCAAAAUAUCAAUGUUCGGAAGUCUAAGAACCAAUUUGUUUCUUCCAACAUCAGAUAUUGACGUACUCGUGGAAUGUGAAGAUUGGGUCGGUUCAUCAAGUGAUUGGCUUGCCGAAACUGCGCGUGGUCUCGAAAUGGAUAAUAUUGCUGAAUCAGUGAUGGUGUAUGGAGGAGCGUACGUGCCCAUUGUCAAAAUGGUGGAUCGAGAUACACGGCUUAGCAUUGAUAUUUCGUUCAACACUGUCCAAGGAGUUCGAGCAGCGUCAUACAUUGCGAAGGUCAAGGAAGAGUUUCCACUUAUCGAACCACUCGUGCUUCUUCUCAAGCAAUUUCUUCACUAUCGUAACUUGAACCAAACAUUCACUGGAGGCCUCUCUUCAUAUGGACUCGUCCUUCUGCUUGUUAACUUUUUCCAGCUGUAUGCUCUCAAUAUGAGACAUCGGACGAUAUAUGAUCGUGGAGUCAAUCUUGGACACCUAUUGCUUCGAUUCCUUGAACUUUACUCGCUUGAGUUCAAUUAUGAGGAAAUGGGAAUCUCACCCGGGCAGUGUUGUUAUAUUCCUAAAUCAGCUGCCGGUGCAAGAUAUGGCCACAAGCGUGCUCAACCUGGAAAUCUUGCCCUGGAGGAUCCACUCCUCACUGCCAAUGACGUUGGUCGGUCUACUUACAAUUUCACAUCGAUUGCCAAUGCGUUUGGACAGGCGCUCCAGAUUCUUAUGGUUGCUGUCACACUACGCGAAAGGAAAGGUAGAAACCAGUUAGCAACCAAAGUCUAUCGAGGAUCUCUACUCCAUAUGAUAAUGCCGUUCACAUCAAAGGAACUGACAUACCGAAAUUGGCUGAUGAGUGGGGUUCUCUCAGUUCCUUGUCAAGACACCCCAGUCACAUAUGACUUGAAUCAAUUGCACAAUACUCUGGUGUCACCAAUGGUCGACUUAUCACGAUACGCGUGGCUUCGUAAAACUCCAUCUGGAGCCGAAAAACGAGAUGCAAAACCAUUAAAGAUUACUAAUCCUGCCGAUGAUGUUAAGAAUCAAGUUCUUCUUCAAUUGAAAGAAAGAAUGCAGAAAGAGAAAGAGUCACAAGAAGCUGCAGCCAAAAAGUUGAAAGAAGAAGAAAAUUCUGCUAGUCUAGGAGCUGAGGUGGAAGACGAGGAUGCUAGACCGGAUGCUCUGCGAGAGCAGCGAGAUGAUAAUGAUAACGGAUUGAUUCUCACCGGACCACCACUUCCAACUUCAACAGCUUCCGUCAACACUUCCGCCACUGUAUCUACCGCAGCGAGUAUUUCUGAGAGAGAAGACACCGAUUCCCCUGGACUUUCAUCAUCGCUCGGUGCUCCAUCGUCAGAAGAAGAUGACGAUGAUUCUUCAAUGAGUAAUAUCAGAAAGACAUCGGACGCAGGGGUUGUCUCUAUUCAGUUCAAGAAGCAAUUCAGCGAGGUUGUGAAAACUCAGAAAGAGUUCUCCAAGAGGACGCAAACCAAUUUCGAUGAUAGAAAAAUGGAAGUCGGAGCUAAUGGUACUCAAUUCGGAAACAUCAAUCAUUUCUACCCCCAACAGCAGCCACCUUCAAACCGUAACUUCAUUGACUACGCUGCCGCUGUAGCCUCUACUUGCGGAACUCACAAGCAUCGACAAACAUAUGCACAAAGAAACCGUCAAAGUAGGAACCAUUCACAAGGAUCGGAUAUUUCCGAUGGAUAUGAUGUGGACAGAAAGAAUAUGAACAAUAACAACCAACGUGGACGACGAAAUGUCCGAGCACCAUCGAGUUCUUCAAAUCAUUCCAGGCAGUCUUCUGGCUCGAGAAGUAGUGGACUAAACAAUCACUCAUAUUUCCCAAUGCCUUCCUCAAUUGAUUUCCAACCUCGUCGAUCUCAGCAUGCUGACGCAACAUCAACAGAUGAAAGUGGAAAUGGUUCGGCAAUGACAUCGACAUCCGAUGAGCCGAGAUCUCCAAGAAUGUACGCAGAUGCUGUUAAAAAGAAGUCAUCAGUUUCUACCAAUACGUCUGCUGAUAUGAACUUCGCCAACGGAAAUGUGCCGAAAAAUGGUGUCGUCUCUCAAAGUUCAGCAUCUGUCGGUUCGAACACUCCGAACAACGAGCGAUCUUACCGGAAUGCAGUUGUCGUGCCCACAGUUUCUCUUUCGGCUCCAAUCCCACCUGUGGCUCCUUGCUUACCAUCGCAGAUUCAUCACAAUUUGCGUAAGGAUAACGAAUGUGGCUUAGACACACAAUCCCUGACAUGCCAUCCCAAUGAAUUGAGUCGGCAGCCACAACUGAUAUCACUGGCGAACCGAUCUCCAAGAUAG